GUGAAUGUGUAUAUAUUGUUAAUGCAGGAGUUCUUUAAUCUGUAUUCAUGGCUGAACAAGCAUAUACUGUGGUAUCUGAUAGUGAAACAACCGGGGAGGAAAAAACUUCAUCGGCUUUCCCUGAGAUAGCAAUUGGGAUCGACAUUGGUACUUCGCAAUGCAGUGUGGCAGUUUGGAAUGGAUCUCAGGUGGAGCUUGUCAGAAACACGAGAAAUCGGAAAUUGAUGAGAUCAUAUGUCACCUUCAAAGAUGAGGUUCCUGCUGGUGGUGUUAGUGAUGAACUGGCUCAUGAAUAUGACAUGUUGUCUGGAGCUGCAAUCUUCAACAUGAAACGUCUGAUUGGUAGAGUCGAUACAGAUCCGGUGGUUCAUGCCAGCAAGAGCCUCCCAUUUUUGGUUGAAACUUUAAAUAUCGGUGUCAGGCCAUUUAUUGCUGCCUUAGUGAACAAUAUGUGGAGGUCCACUACGCCUGAAGAAGUUCUUGCCAUCUUUCUAGUUGAACUAAGAGCUAUGGCUGAAGUUAAACUGAAACGUCCAGUGAGGAAUGCGGUUUUGACAGUUCCGGUAUCAUUUAGCCGAUUCCAGUUGACCCGAAUCGAACGAGCCUGUGCCAUGGCAGGGCUUCAUGUUCUAAGAUUGAUGCCUGAACCAACUGCAGUUGCUCUGUUAUAUGCUCAGCAGCAACAGCAGUCUGGACAUGAAAAUAUGGGUAGCGGGAGUGAAAAGAUAGCUCUUAUAUUCAAUAUGGGUGCUGGGUAUUGUGACGUAGCUAUAACAGCUACAGCAGGUGGUGUUUCGCAGAUCAAGGCCUUGGCUGGCAGCACGGUUGGAGGUGAGGACCUACUUCAAAAUCUGAUGCAUCACCUCUUACCAAACAUGGAUGAUCUAUUCUCAAGCCAUGGAAUCGAAGAAAUAAAGAGAAUGGGACUGCUUCGAGUUGCCACCCAAGAUGCUAUCCACCUACUCUCAUUCAAUAUGAGUGUCCCGAUUGAUGUCGACUUGGGAAAUGGAACAAAAUUAUCUAAGGUUCUCACGAGGGCAGAGUUUGAAGAGGUGAACAAAGAAGUCUUCGAGAAAUGUGAGGCUCUGAUAAAACGUUGCCUGCAAGCCGCUAAACUAGAAGCGGAAGAUGUACAUGAUGUCAUAAUUGUUGGUGGCUGUUCCUACAUUCCAAAGGUUCGGAACAUUGUAAUGAGUAUAUGCAAAAGAGAAGAGCUUUAUUCAGGAAUGAACCCGCUGGAGGCAGCUGUACGUGGUGCAGCACUGGAAGGAGCAGUAGCUUCAGGAAUUAGUGAUCCAUUUGGGAAUUUGGACCUGUUAACCAUCCAAGCAACUCCUUUAAGCAUUGGCAUUCAAGCUGAUGGAAGUGACUUCGUACCAGUUAUUCAUCAGAACACCACAACACCAGUAAGGAAAGAACUGAUUUUCACUACUGUCCAUGAUAACCAAGCUGAAGCAUUGAUCCUUGUUUACGAAGGUGACGAGAAAGCAGCAGAAGACAAUCAUCUCCUAGGCUAUUUUAAGAUCAGAGGAAUACCUCCAGCACCAAAAGGUAUUCCAGAGAUUAGUGUGUGCAUGGACAUUGAUGCUUCCAAUGUCCUAAGAGUCUUUGCUGGUGUAAUGGUGCGCGGGACUCAGCGUGCUCCUAUGCCUUUCAUGGAAGUAAGGAUGCCUACUGUUGAUGAUGGACAUGGCUGGUCUGCUCAAGCUCUGCAUAAAAUGUAUGGCUCUACUUUAGAUUUGGUAACAGUAAAGAAAAUACAGCAUUGAGAUUGCUGAAUAGAUAAUAAAGUAAAAGAGACAUAUUAGGUGUGUUGUAAGUAGUGAAAAAUGUGCCAACUACUUCAUGUAAAUAUGUGUCUAGUUUUAUAUUUGCCGGAGAAUAAUCUUGGUUGUGAGUGUUGAGAAUAAUAGUUAUAGCAACUGUUGUAACUUUGUCUCAAGGGAUUUAGAAUUUC